UAUCGGAUUUGGUUCAGCUUUAGCUCAACAGCUGAUUUGUUGUGUUUUGACAAAAAUUGUUUUUUCUUUGGAUUUGAUUAUAAAAAGCGUCAUUAUGUUAACUUCCAUGGUUAAGGAGCACCAUAAGGAGCAGGCAAAGCGAAAACAGGAGCAGGAGGUGCGUCGAAAGGAGGCUAUAGAAGCGUCCAAUGAGCUUACCCAGUCUCUGGUGGACACCCUAAAUGUGGGCGUGGCUCAGGCCUACUUGAACCAGAAGCGCCUGGACGCCGAGGCCAAGCAACUGCACUUGGGCGCAACCAAUUUCGCCAAGCAGACCCACCAAUGGCUGCAACUCAUCGACCAAUUCAGCACUGCCCUAAAGGAUCUUGGCGAUGUGGAGAACUGGGCCCGCAGCAUUGAGGGGGACAUGCAUGCGAUUAACCAGACCCUAGAGCUGGCCUACAAAGCCUCCAGAGCUACACAGACAUCGAGUGGAGCUGGAACAGCCUUGGAGGCCUCAACUUCAGCGUCGAAAAACGCAAAUGCCAGUGCUACAUGAGCGUUUUCCAUAAACUGUUUUAUAUUGCACUUGUAUUCUGCAAAGAUCCAUUUAGUAAAUGUAAGCCCAUGCAAACCAAGUUACUCUUAGAUAAACUGAAAUUUAAAUUAGCUUAAGUAAAUAAUAUACGCGACCAACCAAUUCAAUAAAACACCCAUUCACAAGUAAA